AUGGCAACUUGUAAAUGGUAUACGCUAGUGCAGUGUACUCCUGAUAUGACCCAGGAAAAUUGCGUAACAUGUCUAAAUUUCGCCAUGACAGAGCUUCGAGACUGUUGCCUUGGAAGGAAGGGAUGCAGGGUUCUUAGACCAACCUGUGUCUUGAGGUUUGAGUCUAACCUAUUUUAUAAUGAAAUUGCAGUGCCUCUGCCCUCCGACGUAACACCCCUAGCCCCUCCCCCUGCGGCUGCCGAUAAUGAGAUAUCUGGGGUUGAUUCCUUGCAAUUCGACUUCGAUUCUAUUUUGGUCGCCACUGAUAACUUCUCCGAUGUCAAGAAGCUUGGUCAAGGAGGAUUUGGAGCUGUAUACAAGGGUCAGCUUCCAAAUGGAGAAGAGAUUGCUGUGAAAAGACUGUCUAAAGGAUCUGGUCAAGGAGACUUAGAAUUUAAGACCGAGGUCCAAUUAGUUGCAAAGCUUCAACACCGCAAUUUAGUUAGGCUCUUUGGUCUUUGCUUGCAUGGACAGGAAAGGCUUCUCAUCUAUGAGUUUGUGCCAAAUGCAAGCCUUGAUCAUUUCAUUUUCGAUCGGAUCAGGCGUGCACAAUUAGAUUGGGAAGCACGAUUCAAAAUCAUACAAGGCAUUGUUCGUGGACUACUUUACCUUCACGAAGACUCUAGGCUUCGAAUUAUUCACCGUGAUCUCAAAGCAAGCAAUGUCUUGUUAGAUGCAGAGAUGGUUCCUAAAAUUGCAGAUUUCGGGAUGGCAAGAUUGUUUGGACAGGAUGAAACACAAAGAAGCACUAGCAGAAUUGUGGGAACUUAUGGAUAUAUGGCUCCAGAAUAUGUUAUCAAUGGACAAUUCUCAGUAAAAUCAGAUGUUUUUAGCUUCGGUGUAUUACUUUUAGAAAUUAUCAGUGGUCAGAAGAACAAUAGCUUCCAUCAUGGGGAGGAUGAAGAAUACAUACUGAGCUUUGCAUGGAAAAGUUGGAGAGAAGGGACGGCAUUGAAUAUGGUUGAUCCCACAUUGGGUGAUGGUUCGAGAAAUGAGAUAAUGAGAUGCAUCCACAUUGCAUUGCUAUGUGUUCAACAAAAUGUAGCAGCCAGACCAACCAUGGCUUCGGUUGCUCUAAUGCUGAACAGCUUCUCGACCACUCUUGCGGUGCCGUCACAACCAGCGUUUCUUAUGCAGAGCAACUUUGAAUCUGAGGGAUCAUUGUCAUUUCCCUCAACUUCCAACAAAUCUAGCACUGAGUUACCACCGUUUUCCCGCAACGAGGUUACAAUUAGUGAGCUAUCUCCUAGGUAGUGUUUU